AUGUCAACAAACGAAACAUAUAAUAUGAUGAAUUAUUCAUUGACAUAUUCAAUUAAGUUUGCUGUGUUACUUGCACUUCAAAUUCCUUCAAUUCUAGUCUCACUUAUUAUCUUUAUUUAUUUUGGUUACAAUCGUACUGGUCUUAUAAGAGAUCACAAUCAUUCUAUACUUCUUUUACUUUUAAUUAAUUUUGUUCAAGUCAUUUCUGAUCUUCCUAUGCCAAUGAGUUUCUUUCGUUUGGAUGGCAUUGUUCAACCAGCUACAUCAGCUUAUUGUACUUGGUGGAUAUGGUAUGAAUUUUCUUUAAAUACUACUAACGGUCUUCUUAUGGCUUGGAUCUCUAUUGAACGUCAUCUAUUAAUAUUUCAUCGUAAUUUUAUUCAAAAUAUAAGUAUUUGGAAACGACGAUUACUUCGUAUAGUUCCUUUAGUAUUCUGCUCUUUUUGGGGACCAUUUUAUUAUACUCUUACUGUAAUUAUUAGUCCUAUGUGUACAAAUGAACGAUAUUUUGAUAGACUUUUAUGUGGUAUGCCAUGUCAUUUAUUAACUAAUUGGGGUACAUUUGAUCUAUUUUUUGAUGUUAUAUUUCCAGUAUUGGCUAUAUUUGUUUUUAAUCUUGCCCUUCUCAUACGUGUUAUUCAUCAAAAGUUGAUCACUACUGGUCGUAUUCAAAAUAAUUGGCGACAUCAAAGAAAAAUGGCUUUUCAAUUGGGAAUUAUUUCUUUUGUUUACCUUGCUGUUUGGAUUCCACUAUCAAUAGCUCAACUUGGACAAAUCUAUAUUGAUUCAACUUUUCUUCUUAUACAAUCAGAUACUUUUAAUUUUCUUGUUUAUAUUGUACCUCUUGUUUUACCUAUGGUUUGUCUUAUGUCAAUGCCUGAACUUAUUAAAAAAUUGAAAACUUUCAUAUUCAGACAACAUCAUGGAAUUAUAAUAUCUUUCAAUAAUCAAUCGGUUCAACAGAAUAAUAAAAUUUAUCCAUUAAGAAUGAUUCCUAUUGCACAAUAUUGA